AAGUGGUGCAAAUCCAAAACCAGCUGCACACACAGACACACACAAAAAAAGAGAAGAAAUCAUGUGACAGAAACGGAAAUGGCCAACAGCUGAUGACUGGUUCAGUGCUUCCGAGAGAGAGACAGAACAAAAGGGGCAAUAGUGAUCGAGCAGGACAACAAAAGCAGCUUUCUAGUUCCUCAUUCCGGGAGGUUUUAUUUUCCAGCAGACCCAUUGGGAUUUGAUGAAGCUUAUUUUUUCUUGACGAGAGGGACUGAAGAUGGCACCGGAUGAAUGAGUGUUAUUUUCCACUUAAAAUGACACUUGGGGGCUGUGUCUUAUAUUGACGUGCAUUUGAAGAACUUCCUUAGCUAAGGAAUCAAGUCUUUUGUUACCGCGUCCCUGUGUUUGUCUGCAGUUUGGAUUCCUCCACACCUUGGCCGGCUUCCUUUGUUUUGCUUCCUCCUGACGCUGUCAAUGUGAUGGAACUAAUGUUUGCUGAGUGGGAGGACGGUGAACGGUUCUCCUUCGAAGACAGUGACCGGUUUGAAGAGGAUUCCCUCUGUUCCUUCAUCUCUGAAGCCGAGAGCUUGUGUCAGAAUUGGAGGGGAUGGAGGAAGCAGUCGGCUGGUCCAAAUUCGCCCACUGUUAAAAUCAAAGAUGGCCAAGUUACCCCUUUGGUUGAACUGUCAGCCAAGCAAGUAGCCCUCCACAUUCCCUUCGAAGUAGUCGAGAAGGUUUAUCCACCGGUUCCUGAACAGUUGCAGCUUCGCAUUGCCUUCUGGAGUUUCCCCGAAAAUGAGGAAGACAUCAGGUUGUACUCGUGCUUGGCUAAUGGCAGUGCUGAUGAAUUCCAACGAGGGGAGCAACUUUUCAGAGUGCGGGCAGUUAAGGAUCCACUUCAGAUAGGAUUUCACCUGAGUGCCACUGUGGUUCCUCUGCAGACUGCACAAGCUAAAGGGGCGUUCAAUGUGGCCGUAAUGUUUGACCGCUGCAGGAUAACCUCAUGCAGCUGUACAUGUGGAGCAGGAGCUAAGUGGUGUGCUCAUGUGGUGGCCCUCUGCCUCUUCAGGAUACACAAUGCAUCUGCAGUUUGUCUGAGAGCACCGGUGUCUGAGUCACUGUCCCGGUUACAGAGAGACCAGCUUCAAAAAUUCGCUCAGUAUUUGAUCAGUGAGCUACCUCAGCAGAUCCUGCCCACUGCACAGAGGCUCCUCGAUGAGUUGCUUUCAUCUCAGUCGACAGCAAUUAACACGGUCUGCGGGGCUCCAGAUCCCACUGCAGGGCCAUCUGCUUCAGACCAGAGCACCUGGUACCUUGAUGAAUCUACCCUCAGUGACAACAUCAAGAAAACUCUCCAUAAAUUCUGUGGGCCGUCUCCUGUUGUGUUCAGUGAUGUUAACUCUUUGUAUCUGUCUUCAACGGAGCCACCGGCUGCUGCAGAGUGGGCUUGUCUUUUGCGACCUCUUCGUGGAAGAGAACCGGAAGGCAUCUGGAACCUUCUCUCUAUUGUCCGUGAGAUGUUUAAACGGCGUGACAGUAAUGCAGCACCUCUACUUGAGAUCCUUACCGACCAGUGUUUGACGUACGAACAGAUCAUUGGGUGGUGGUACAGUGUCCGAACCUCCGCCUCACACAGCAGCGCCAGUGGCCACACCGGCCGCAGUAACGGCCAGACCGAAGUGGCGGCUCACGCAUGUGCCAGCAUGUGUGACGAGAUGGUGGUCUUGUGGAGGCUCGCUGUCCUGGAUCCCACCAUGAGUCCACAAAGGAGGAAAGAGCUUUGCACGCAGCUGAGACAGUGGCACCUGAAGGUGAUCGAGAUCGUAAAGAGGGGGCAGCACCGCAAGUCGCUGGACAAGCUCUUCCAAGGCUUCAAGCCAGCGGUGGAGGCUUGUUACUUCAGCUGGGAGGAGGCUUUCCCCAUUCCGGGAAUCACCUACAACAGUGCGGAGAAAAAGAGCGGUUUCUGCUGGGCCAAAGCGAUGCAGCACAAGACAACCAAGCGGUGUGGGGAGGCGCAGAGUGCCGAGGUGGCCAGCGAAGGCGGCAGCACUGGGCUGGCCAGAACUCAUGGGCCGGAGGCCGCAGGCGCCAAGUGCCCACUUGCUGACAAGAGCAGGAGCCCCCACGAGAUGGCCGUCCGGCCGAAGGACAGCGGGGCAAAGAGGAAAGCGGCCUCCGAAGCCUCUCGCGGCAGCCUGGGCAGGCCGGCGGCGGAUGCCGACAAGCCUGUUUACAAACUGAGCGCCAACAAGUGCAAACUACCUCAGGCGAAAUUCCCGACCAGCAAACAUUCAGGGAAGAGGAGGACGAGCAGCGAGGACAGCUCGCUGGAGCCUGAUCUGGCGGAACUCGGGCUGGACGAUGGUAAUCUCGCCCUUGGCGCCGAGGCGUGCAACACCUUUGACUUUGACGACCCAGCCAACAAUUACAAGGACCUGUACCCGGAUGAGAGCGAAGGCUUCUUCCCUGAGAGCUUCGACCCUGAAACGAACAGCGAGCCCGCCAAAAGGCAGGACACAGAACAGGUCGAGGUAAUGAGCAACGGAGAGCAGGAUGCCCGGACAACGGCUAACUCAUCGCAGCGGCUGGCCCCGGAAGCUGCGGAAGGCCCUGCUGUGGGAGAGGAUGACUACCAGGUCUAUUACCUCAACCCACAGGAAGUGGCCAAAGAGGACGAAAAACCAGAGGAAAGCAAUGAAGAGGAACAAGACAUCUUUGCUGGUUUAAAACCCCUCGAUCAGGAGAGUCGAAUGGAGGUACUGUUUGCCUGUGCAGAGGCACUUUAUGCACAUGGCUACAAUAAUGAAGCAUGUCGACUGGCAAUUGACCUUGCCAGGGACCUACUGGCCAAUCCUCCGGAUUUAAAGGUGGAACAGCCACAAACAAAGGGCAAGAAGAACAAAGUUUCAACUCACAAGCAGACACUGAUUGCGACCAACACCCUAGCUAAAGCUGCCUUCUUGUUAAUAGUCCUGAGUGAAAGACUGGAGCUCCAUAAUCUAGCUUACAGCAUUGGGAUGUUUUCCCUGGAGCUGCAGAGGCCACCAGCAUCAACAAAGGCCCUGGAGGUUAAACUUGCUUACCAGGAAUCAGAAAUUGUGGCCUUGUUGAAGAAGAUUCCAUUGGGGAUCGUUGAGAUGAACACCAUCCGGGAAAGGGCAGAACAACUGAGAGAAGGAAACUUGUGUGAUUACAGGCCAGUCCUGCCACUCAUGUUGGCCAGUUUCAUCUUUGAUGUCCUGUGCACUCCGGUUGUUUCACCGACUGGAUCAAGGCCUCCGAGCCGAAAUCGGAAUAACGAGAUGCCUGGCGAUGAGGAACUUGGCUUUGAGGCAGCCGUGGCUGCACUGGGCAUGAAGACCACAGUCAGCGAAGCAGAACAUCCCUUGUUAUGUGAAGGUACCCGGAGAGAGAAAGGAGACCUUGCACUUGCUCUCAUGAUCACGUAUAAAGAUGAUCAAGCCAAGCUUAAAAAAAUUCUCGACAAGCUAUUGGACAGAGAAAGUCAAACUCACAAACCUCAGACAUUGAGCUCGUUCUACUCGUCCAGCAAGCCGCUGGCUGCCAGUCAGAAAUCUCCGUCAAAGCACGCCUCGCAGACCGCGGCCGGUGUCCAUCAGCUGACCAGCACGGCGUCUACACCCCAGCAAGCCAGCGUGCCAGCCCCGGUUCAGAACACUGCGGCCGAGAACUUUCCAGAAGGGUCAGCCCACGAGAAUGCUCAGCGAGCCCCCAGCGAACCUCCGAACGAGUCUGGGACGUUCAAGCAGGAGGGGAAGAUCCCGAGUCGACUGACGCUCGGCAGCAGGGGUGGGUACAAUGGUCGCUGCUGGGGGUCACCAGUCAGACAGAAGAAGAAGCACACAGGAAUGGCGAGCAUCGACAGCAGCGCUCCGGAGACCACCUCGGACGGCUCGCCCACGCUCAGCCGCAGGCCCAUCCGCGGAGGCUGGACGGCCGCAUCCUGGGGCAGGGGACAGGACAGUGACAGCAUCAGCAGCUCGUCCAGUGACUCCCUCGGAUCCUCCUCGUCCAGCGGCAGUCGGAGAGCCAGUGGGGGCGCCCGGACCAAAAGCACCGACGUUGGGAGGUACAAAGGCAGACGUCCCGAAUGCCACGCUCCACACGUGCCCAACCAGCCGUCUGAAGCCGCCGCCCAUUUUUACUUUGAAUUGGCAAAAGGGACUGUCCUCAUCAAAGCUGGCGGCAACAGCAGCACCUCCAUAUACCACCCCUCGGCCAGCGGUGGGCACCAGGCCCACCGCAAUCUCCACCUCUGCGCCUUUGAGAUCGGGCUCUAUGCGUUGGGCUUGCACAACUUUGUUUCACCGAACUGGCUCUCGAGGACCUAUUCUUCGCAUGUCUCCUGGAUAACAGGCCAAGCCAUGGAGAUCGGGAGUGCAGCGCUGAAUAUCCUGGUUGAAUGUUGGGAUGGUCACUUAACUCCUCCGGAAGUGGCCUCUUUGGCAGAUCGUGCUUCACGUGCUAGGGAUCCCAACAUGGUCCGAGCCGCAGCAGAGCUGGCAUUAAGUUGUCUACCCCACGCCCAUGCCCUGAAUCCCAAUGAAAUCCAAAGAGCGUUGGUUCAGUGCAAGGAGCAAGACAACACCAUGCUGGAGAAGGCAUGCAUGGCAGUGGAGGAGGCAGCCAAAGGUGGAGGCGUCUACCCCGAGGUGCUGUUCGAGGUGGCUCACCAGUGGUACUGGCUGUACGAGCAGACAGCGGGCGGCUCUCAGCAGCAGCGGGAAAUGUCCACCAUCGGCGGCCGCGGCUCCCACGAGGCAGGGAGGGGUGCGGUCGAGCACUCGGCAUUGACCGAGGGCCCCACCACCGUUACUGUGGCAGCCACAGUCACGGCAACCGCCGUCGUGCCGGUGAUCACCGUGGGAUCCACCAUGUACCAGCAGCACACCAUCGCCGGGACAGCCAUCGCACAUCCCCACGCACAGGUCUUUCCCCCUCCAGCCCAGCCAUGACUCACCCCCUACACCACCAUUCAAACCCACAUCCCGUCCGUCUGCAAUGCUGCCUAUCUCGGACAUCCCAUCCAGCACGUCCCACGGCCUGCGAUCUUUCCUGUCGCUGGAACUGCCUACCCACAGGGUAUGCACCCAGCGUUCAUUGGAGCUCAGUACCCUUAUACUGUUGCAACCACAACCCACCCAGCCAUGGCAGCUCCACCUGUGACCUUUGCAGGGGUUCCUGUGCCCCCUAUGACACCAAUGGCCGUGCAUCCCUACCAGUCUGACCCAAGCCUGCCUCUGACGUCGACCGUAGCAGUUGCCAGUGUACAGGCCGGAACUACUUUCCAAGCUGUUCAAGGAGCAUCAAUGCCAAGUCUAACAACCCAAGGACCCUCAAUAGUAGCCCCAACAUUCCCUACAGAAGAUGAACAGCACUCACAGCCAGUCAGUCCCCAGGGACUGCACUACUUGCAUUCAGCUUACAGAGUUGGAAUGUUGGCUUUGGAAAUGCUUGGAAGAAGAGCUCACAAUGAUCACCCGAACAACUACUUCUCUCGAAGCCCACCCUACACAGAGGAUGUCAAGUGGCUUUUAGGAUUAGCAACAAGGCUGGGUGUGAACUAUGUCUAUCAGUUCUGCAUGGGUGCAGCCAAAGGAGUCUUGAGUCCAUUUGUCUUGCAGGAGAUAAUCAUGGAAGCCUUACAGCGCCUAAAUCCCGCUCACAUACACACUCACCUACGGACUCCAGCGUUCCACCAACUCGUUCAGAGGUGCCAGCAAGCAUACAUGCAGUGCAUCCAGUACAGACUGUACCACAUAACGCCAGCGGAUUACGACGAUUUCGUUAACAUCAUCCGUAGUGCACGGAGCGCGUUCUGCUUGACGCCGGUUGGAAUGAUGCAGUUCAACGAAAUACUUCAGAAUUUAAAACGAGCAAAGGGUCAAAGCAAGGACUUAUGGCAAAGAAUCUCAUUGGAAAUGGCGACCUUUUCUCCUUGAUGUCUGUUGCUUUGUGCGGCUUUAGGUUUAAUAUUUUUAACCCCCGUCUCUUUCUCCCUUCCCUUAUAAACCACUGAUCCAAAAAGUCUUGACUGCCACAUUCCUCCUCAAGGGUUUUCAAUGUCAGGAAGGCACAAAAGGUUCAUUUUUAUUGCUGUUGUGAAUUGUGACCUGACACCAUCAGAUUUCACGAUUCUCUCCUCUCUCUCCAACUCCUCCCCACUUAAAAAAAAGACUUUUGUAUGAAGUAGUUAGUAUUCAUGUAACAUGUCCUUAACUGUGUGUUUAUAAAGGCUGCGAGAUGCAGUCCGUCUAGAUAAAGAGGUCCUGGAGAGUGGCAAGUGGACAAAUUAUUUCUUCUGUCUGUUAAUUGCUGGUUUGGGGAAAAGCGCAAGUGACCACAUCGACCCUGUAUAAGAUUGUGGUUUUUAUUUAUCUGGGUUGUGUGUGUUUUAUUUUUGGCCUUUGUUUUUUUCAUACUUAAAGGAUUUUCAAUUGUUUAAGGAAAAACUAUUCAGAUUCCAGCAACUUUGAGUUCUGGGAUAGUUAAAAGCUUUGACACAUUUUAAAGUGUUAAACAUUAGCCACAGUACUGACCACCCGUCUUCCUCGUGUAACCUGUUAAUAUUUUUUAAAAGAAGACCUCUUCCUUUGAUAUGUGGAGUCCACAUCAUUUUCUGUUCCUGUCGAACUGGUACAGGUGGUCCCAACGCUGUCACCGAUUGAAAACAGCACGAGUGUUUCUGUGGCUGGUUUUGUUGACAAGGUGGUGUGGAUUGGGGGGGUGGGGAAAAUAUUAU